UAGAACUAUGGUAGUUAAAGAGGGGGAGAGAAAGAAAGAGAUUCAAUGGAUUUUGCCCAGUACACUUGCAAGGUUUACAAGAAGAUCCAGCAGGACAAGGAGAGAGGAGAUGAGGAAGGGGUAGCAUGGUCCAUUCGGGUUGGAUGUACCAAAAUAAGUGACCACAAAGGGCGAUGUGGCUCAAGGGAACCGGGCAGGGAUUUCACACAAGACCGCUGUUGUGUAGGGAGAGAGCGGCGGACAUCUAGGUGAUGCAUGCGGGGUCAGUGAUGCACCAAGACGAGUGUGGUGGAUUCCAGCAACCCGCCGCUGCAGAGAGCGAAGCCCGCUAGCUUACCGCCGGCCGAGAUGGCGCAUGGAUAGCGGAUCCCUUCAUUCUACAAAACAUGACCAAGCGUUUAUAACAAAACCGGCAGUUUGGGAGCUAAACUAAGGAAUUCGAUGCUUGCACUAGCAGGAAGAAUACAAACCUGCAUUUCCAUUGAGACUCAGAGGCUUCUGGAUGAGAAAGGAUGCCAUCUCCAUAAAACCUAUCAUACAUAGCUAACGGAGAGGGCCAGCUUGCUUUUUUUCCACCAUACUAGAUUGGUUUGAGUAGGCCGGUUGUGAUUCGUGAACCACAAGCUGUAACGAUGUUGGUGAGAUGCCACCGGAGCAAGCUGUCGGUGUGGGCCGUUCUGUGUGUGCUCGUGUUAUGCUGGCUCUACAUUUUCCCAGUGUACAGACUCCGGAGCGACAAGGAGAUAGUUGAUGAAGUGCUGCGGCAGGGACAAGUAUGGCAGAGGAACCAGACGGACAUCGAUCUGUUCAGGAAGCUGCUUUCAGAGUGCUGUGACCCUAAGAGAAUGUUUGCGGUGACCAAGCAGAAUUCACCAAUGGGGAAGGUCCUGUGGUACGAUGGAGAGUUUUACCACUCACACACAGUCAACAAUGAGACCUACUCUCUCUUUGUGCAGGAGACACCUCUUCAGCGUCCCCUCAAAAAGUGUUCGGUGGUGGGCAAUGGAGGGGUCCUGAAGCACAGCGGCUGUGGGAAGGACAUUGACCAGGCUGACUUUGUCAUGCGGUGCAACCUUCCACCACUGUCUAGGGAGUAUGUUGAGGAUGUGGGGACCAGAACCAACCUGGUGACAGCCAACCCCAGCAUCAUUGAGAAGAGGUUCCAGAACCUUCUUUGGUCGCGGAAAAGCUUUGUGGAGAGCAUGAAGGCCUACGGCUCCAGCUACAUUUACAUGCCAGCCUUCUCCAUGAAGCCGGGCACCGACCCCUCCCUGCGGGCACACUACGCCCUUGCCGACACCUCGUCCAACCUCACCAUGCUGUUUGCCAACCCCGAGUUUCUCAGGACCGUGGGAAAGUUCUGGAAGGGUCGCGGAGUGCAUGCCAAGCGCCUGUCCACAGGCCUCUUCCUGGUCAGCCUGGCGCUGGGGCUGUGUGAGGAGGUGACGGCCUACGGCUUCUGGCCAUUCAGCGUUGGGCUUGACGAGCAGCCCGUCAGCCACCACUACUACGAUAACGUGCUGCCGUUCAGCGGGUUCCACGCCAUGCCUGAGGAGUUUGUCCAGCUCUGGCAGUUGCACAAGAGCGGCACACUGCGUAUGAGGGUGGGACACUGCCCACCUCUGGAAGGGGCUAUAUAAGACUCAAGGGACCCUCCCCUAAUAAAUAUUCACUUCCUUUCCCUUACAAUCCUCCAGCCCCCUGCGAUCGUCCCCAGCAAACCACCUGCAAACCACCCCCUUUUCUCCACCAUUAGCAUGAGAAUGUAACCCAUGGUUACCCACCCAGCCGAGAAAGCCCACACACACCCUCUCUCUCUAUCCUGCCCUCCAUCCACUCUCACUAUGUGUGUGUUUGUGUGCGUGCGUGUGUGUGUGUGUGUGUGUGCCUGAGUGCAGAGAGGAGGUCUACUAACGGUCUCAGCUGGAGCUGGAGGAUUCUUUGUGUUUUGACUACUCAAUGUGACAUAGGGAGCAGCUGGGCCCAAUGCCCCCACUGAGUCUUUGUUCAACAGAGACAGAAGGAACAAUCCUAACCAAGAGGUUUUCAUAGAAGUCUUAAGAGAACAGACUGAAAGACUCGAAACACAGAAAGAAAAAGGAAAGGAGGAACCAAGAUGUCCUGGCACCAAGGUGUCCUGGUACUAGGCUAUGAGUGUUCUGGUACCUAGAUGUCCUGGUACUAGGCUAUGAGUGUCCUGGUACCUAGAUGUCCUGGUACUAGGCUAUGAGUGUUCUGGUACCAAGGUGUCCUGGUACUAGGCUAUGAGUGUUCUGGUACCUAGAUGUCCUGGUACUAGGCUAUGAGUGUCCUGGUACCUAGAUGUCCUGGUACUAGGCUAUGAGUGUCCUGGUACCUAGAUGUCCUGGUACUAGGCUAUGAGUGUUCUGGUACCUAGAUGUCCUGGUACUAGGCUAUGAGUGUCCUGGUACCUAGAUGUCCUGGUACUAGGCUAUGAGUGUCCUGGUACCUAGAUGUCCUGGUACUAGGCUAUGAGUGUUCUGGUACCUAGAUGUCCUGGUACUAGGCUAUGAGUGUUCUGGUACCUAGAUGUCCUGGUACUAGGCUAUGAGUGUUCUGGUACCUAGAUGUCCUGGUACUAGGCUAUGAGUGUCCUGGUACCUAGAUGUCCUGGUACUAGGCUAUGAGUGUUCUGGUACCUAGAUGUCCUGGUACUAGGCUAUGAGUGUUCUGGUACCUAGAUGUCCUGGUACUAGGCUAUGAGUGUUCUGGUACCUAGAUGUCCUGGUACUAGGCUAUGAGUGUUCUGGUACCUAGAUGUCCUGGUACUAGGCUAUGAGUGUUCUGGUACCUAGAUGUCCUGGUACUAGGCUAUGAGUGUUCUGGUACCUAGAUGUCCUGGUACUAGGCUAUGAGUGUUCUGGUACCUAGAUGUCCUGGUACUAGGCUAUGAGUGUUCUGGUACCUAGAUGUCCUGGUACUAGGCUAUGAGUGUUCUGGUACCUAGAUGUCCUGGUACUAGGCUAUGAGUGUUCUGGUACCUAGAUGUCCUGGUACUAGGCUAUGAGUGUUCUGGUACCUAGAUGUCCUGGUACUAGGCUAUGAGUGUUCUGGUACCUAGAUGUCCUGGUACUAGGCUAUGAGUGUUCUGGUACCUAGAUGUCCUGGUACUAGGCUAUGAGUGUUCUGGUACCUAGAUGUCCUGGUACUAGGCUAUGAGUGUUCUGGUACCUAGAUGUCCUGGUACUAGGCUAUGAGUGUUCUGGUACCUAGAUGUCCUGGUACUAGGCUAUGAGUGUUCUGGUACCUAGAUGUCCUG